GCUACCAUGCAUCUCGGAAGAAACACCUGUUACUUAAUGCUGCUCGUUGCAGUUCUUGCUGCUGGAGAGAGGACCGAGCAAAAUGCUGACAGGUGCCACGAAGGUGCAAUGAGCGAAAAAGAGGAGCACUCAGAAGAACUUGGGAGUCGUGGCCGACCACAGCGUCACCACAACCGUUUCCUGGCUCACAGGGAUGGCGCCAUGGAAUCUGGUGAACACGGCUCCGAAGAGGACCGGGCAUUUGAACGGCUCUCUUCUCUGGCCAGGUAUGCGAAGUCGAAGCUCUCAUUCGGCAGUGGAGGAUCGAGGACCACGGAUAAAAGAAGCCGUUCAUGUAAUAAGGAGUGAUUAAUUGGUCUACCUAAUUGAACAAUAAAGAGAGUACUUUUCACAGCA